GCAAAUAAGAAUGGAGAAUAAGCGAGCAAGUAACAAUGGAGGUGGAGGGUGAAUGAUUGGUAAAAGCAUAGGUCGGUGCAGUGCAGGUCUUCCAUUCUAAUAUAUUUAUUCACUAUAGAAAGAAACCAUAGAUUUGUUAGUUUGAGGAGAGUAGCGGGGAAUGAAUUGUAAGCGCCAUGGAAAGCAUAGCGGACAGACUAUCAGCAAUGGACGACCUUUACUUCCCUCGUGCUAUUCAACCCACCGCCAUUAAUCCUUCUCAGCGAAAGCUCAUCCUCCUCGACCUUCUCUCUCGCGACGUCCCCGUUUUCUUAGAACGCUAUGGACCAAAACUAACACAUGAAGAGCUUCGACAAUUUGAUGCUUUGAAAAACAAUUAUGAGAUCAAUUGGCACUUAAAUCAUCUUAGGAGCGUAAUGAAUCCAACAUCAGAUGAGUUGAGGUCGAAAUCUGUUACAGUGAAGAACAGAAGGCGUGCUUAUCUGGAUAAACUGAUUUGUGAUGGGCACUACUUUUCUGAGGAUUCAAUGAGGGAGAGAGAACCUUACUUGCAUCAUGAGUAUUUGGGUAAGUUUCAGGAUCUAAGUGGUAGGAGCAUGGCACGACCCGGGGAGAGGUGGUCAGAAACUUUGUUAAGAAGGGCGGAGGAAGCGAUUUUGGUUGCAAAGAUUAGAGGGGAGCAGCAGAGAUUGGGUGUGGCUGAGAGAGAUUGGGUUGGUGUUGAAAGAAAUCUACAGGAGGAAGAAGAAGAAGAAGAAGAAGAGGAAGAGGAAGAGGAGGAGGAGGAGGAGGAGGAGGAAGAGGAAGAGGAAGACGAAGAGGAGGCGAAAGAGAAAAGAGGUGCAGAUUCUGCAGAGAUUCCUGUGGAUAAUCACAAAUCAACAAACGGUGCUCAAACCACCACAGUAGGGCAUAGUGAGCGGCCCUCUUUAUUGCCUGCUGAGAUGCAAGAUCAGAUGGAGCAAUUUACUUUCAUCAUGCAGCAAAAGUUUCUCUUAGGGGAAGAUCACGAGUACUUAGACUACACAAAGAUAGACAACGAUGAAACGUUGGAUGAUCAUUGGCAGAGGGAAGCCAAUCAUGAUGCCGAGGAGAAGUACUUUGCUGAAGUUUAAAAUGCACCAAAGCUACCCUUUUCAUACAUGUACUAUUAACUCUUACUCCUCUAUGUUUUCGCCUUAGUUUAUGACUGUAGUUACACUUAGUUAGCCUCUCUGUACAUGCCAUCAUCCAGCACUUUGUUUUAGUUUUCCUGCUGUGAACAAGUUGAUCAAUAUGAACUACACUAAUCUAUUUCUUCUUUUUCUGA